GCGCGACGCUGCUGACGCUGCCGGCGGCCGGCUCGGCCCGGGAGGCGGCUCGCAACGGGAUGCGGUUCUACGCAGCGCUGCAGGCUGAGGACGGGCACUGGGCGGGCGACUACGGCGGACCGCUGUUCCUGCUGCCAGGUCUCCUCAUCACCUGCCACACCGCCAAAAUCCAGCUGCCGGAGGGGUUCAGGAAGGAGAUGGUACGCUACCUGCGCUCUGUGCAGCUCCCGGACGGAGGCUGGGGCUUACAUGUGGAAGACAAAUCAACAGUGUUUGGCACAGCCCUCAACUACAUAGCCUUGAGGAUCCUGGGGCUUGGACCAGAUGAUCCCGACAUUGUGCGGGCCCGUGUCAACCUGCACAGCAAAGGAGGUGCUGUGGGAAUCCCUUCCUGGGGCAAGUUUUGGCUGGCUGUCUUGAACGUUUACAGCUGGGAGGGAAUGAACACGCUUCUCCCAGAGAUGUGGCUGCUUCCCACAUGGUUUCCAGCCCAUCCAUCACGGCUCUGGUGUCACUGCCGCCAGGUUUACCUUCCCAUGAGCUACUGCUAUGCUAAGCGUUUGUCAGCAGAAGAGGAUGAGCUCAUACGGAGCUUGCGGCAGGAGCUCUAUGUGCAAGACUACGCCAGCAUAGACUGGCCAGCACAGAGGAACAACGUGGCUGCCUGUGAUGUGUACACCCCACACAGCUGGCUGCUGGAUACUGCCUAUGCCAUCAUGAACAUGUAUGAAGCUCACCACAGCACUCACCUGCGGCAGCGAGCCGUCACAGAGCUGUACGACCACAUCAAGGCUGAUGAUAGAUUCACCAAGUGCAUCAGCAUCGGGCCAAUCUCUAAGACAAUCAACAUGCUGGUUCGCUGGUUCGUGGAAGGGAAGGACUCCCCAGCUUUCCAGGAGCAUGUGUCCAGGAUCCCUGACUAUCUCUGGCUGGGCCUCGACGGCAUGAAGAUGCAGGGCACAAACGGAUCCCAGCUCUGGGAUACUGCUUUUGCCAUCCAAGCCUUCUUGGAGGCAGAAGCCCAGGAGAUGCCUGAAUUCACCUCCUGCCUCCAGAAUGCCCAUGGGUUCCUCCAGUUCUCCCAGAUCCCAGAGAACCCACCCGACUACCAGAAAUAUUAUCGCCAUAUGAACAAGGGUGGCUUCCCCUUCAGCACGCGGGACUGUGGCUGGAUUGUGGCAGAUUGCACAGCGGAGGGGCUGAAGGCAGUUAUGCUGCUGCAGGAGAAGUGUCCCUUCAUAGCCAAGCUUGUGCCUGCUGAGCGCCUCUUUGAUGCUGUGAAUGUGUUGCUGAGCAUGAGGAACUCAGAUGGAGGCUUUGCCACUUAUGAAACCAAACGAGGAGGCCACUUACUGGAGCUGCUGAACCCCUCGGAGGUGUUUGGUGACAUCAUGAUUGACUACACAUAUGUGGAAUGUACAUCAGCUGUCAUGCAGGCACUAAGACACUUCCAGAGCCAGUUCCCUGAGCACCGAGCCCUGGAGAUCAGGGAGACUCUGCAGAAGGGCCUGGAUUUCUGUCGCAAGAAGCAACGAGCUGAUGGGUCCUGGGAAGGGAGCUGGGGGGUUUGUUUCACCUACGGCACCUGGUUUGGUCUGGAGGCGUUUGCCAGCAUGCAGCACACAUACCACAACGGGUGAGAAGGGGAUGUC